UUUGGCAUAGAGUUGUAAGAGAAAAAUGAAAACCCACGUUGAGGAAAAAUUCUCAUCUUUCUUCGAAAAAUGGAUGUGUCUACUAGAAGAAUUUCUUCAAUACUAUCUGAGGGUUUCAGCGGAGAAUUCUCAAGGAGUGGACUAUGAGGUUUUGGUUGGUAAGCUGACAGCCCAUCACAGGGAGUACUAUACUUAUAAAUGGGCUGCGGCACAUGACGACGUUUUGGCUUUCUUCGCGCCUGUUUGGUUAAGCCCGGUUGAGAACGCCAAUCUUUGGGUCACGGGAUGGAAACCGUCAAUGGCUUUUCGGCUCAUCGAGUCACAGAGAAAGAUUCAGUCUCCUGGUACAAGUCUGGUUACCAUGACUGAGGAACAAGUGAAAAAGAUUGAGGCUUUCAGAGUGAAGAUUAAGAUGGAUGAGGAGAAAGUUGAGAGAGAGUUUGAAAGGCAACAGGUGGGCAUAGCAGACCGGAAAAUGGUGGAGUUGGCUGCUUUAGAAAGGCGAGUUAUGAAGGAUGAUGACUCGGCGGUGGCUCAGGUAAAUGGGUUGGUGGAGGUGGCGUUGAAGGGUUUGAUGGGUGGAUUGGAGAAAGUGAUGAAAAUGGCUGAUUGUGUGAGGCUCGAGACACUGAAGGGCGUGGUGGAGACAUUAACUCCCAUGCAAUGUAUGGAUUUCUUGACCGCCAUGUCCACAGUUCAAAUUCAGAUGAGGAAAUGGGGAAAGAAACAUGAUAAAAAGUUGCAAUGAUAUUUAUUUAAAACAGCAAUUUCGAGAGGAGGCUAGUAGUUUAUGUAUUAUAUAGUUGACUGAACUGCGUCUAUGUCUGUUUUUAAUAAUCCUAGGUGGGAUUACUUGGGCUUAGUUUGGAAGAUGGGUAGCUUAGAAAUUAUGGUCAGAGUUAGCAUUUGAGGACAAUAGAUUCUAGUUGAACGCAAACAAAAAAACAUAUGAUCUUCCAGUGUAUGCGAAUGAGCUGUGUGUGUAUAUU